AUGUCCUUCAUGACACAGGAUAUGCCCUCAUUCGACCACUACGCUUUCAACCUUCGUGAUGGUCUUCGAAGGGCUGCUGUAACGACUCUAUCAGAGUUGGAGGGAAGCAUCAAUGAUCUAGGUUACGGAUGGCUGGAUGGCUAUAUGGAGCAAAUCAUGGACAGACAGAAUAGAGCUCCCAUUACCGAACUUAUGAAGACUCCUUCUCGUACUCAGACAGUCAAGAAGACUAGAGCGACCACUGCUGCUGCCAAGGAACGAACUGAUAGAGUCAAAGGUCUCAAUGCUUAUUUGGCUUUAAGCCCAAAUACUAAACAGAAUUCCCGAGCCGCUCUCUCACCACUCCAACCACGCUCACUUAACGUGUCUACUCUCUCACCGACUACAGUAGUAUCUCCUAAGGGUGGCGCAAGUCCCAUCAAAUCCAAACCCGAAAAGGCAAAACCAAAAGCUAAAGCUACCAAGAAAGCCAAAUCCAAAAAAGUUGCCGAGAUUGAUGAAAAUUCACCUCCUACUUCUGUUGAUAACACUUCAACCUCGAUUUCCACUUCGGAAAAAUCAAAAUCUCACUCGUCGGCUUCCACAACGGAUGAUAUAGUACCGAAAAAGUCGAAAUCGACUCGUUCAAGAUCUAAGAAGGAGAAAGAGAAAGCGGCAGAAGAAGAAAUGGCUGAACAACCUACUGUGCAUGCUAUGGAAGUGGAAGCCGUGCCGCCGGUUGUCGAAGACGAGCUUAUGCCGGAUGUCCAAGUAGAACGAGAACCUGAAGAAGGCGAACCUAUCGAAGUAGAAGAGGAAGCUCCACAGACUGCAUCCUUUGAGCCUGCAGCGUGGGCACCAUCUCCAGAAUCCCAAAAUGUAAAGAACGGUGGUUCGUCUGCUGUACCUGAGAAGGAAUCCUCCCAACUCGUCGAGGAGGGAAAGGAGAAAGAUGUUGAGGAGGCAAUAGAUGAGGAGAACAAGGAGGAGUCAACGGAAGUCGUGAAUGAAGAAAGAUCUGAACCUCAACAAGAUAUCCAGCCCGAAAUAUCUGCAUCUGCUAUAAAGGACAGCAUUUCCCCACAGCCUCACCAAGAAGAACCAGAACGUAAAGUCGAUCCCACCAUGCCCACCUCUUUCGCGAACCGGACAAUGGCUACCGGCACUUCUCAACCUGUCCGACAAGUCCGAUCUUCAUGGCUCAGUAAAGCUCUUGGCUCAAAUGCUGUCCCCAUCAAUGCGUUGCCAAGUAGCGAGGCAAAUGCAGCUUUGCGGAGAUCAUACGCAUCUGCACAAAGACCAAGUACUACUGUCGACUUCGCUGGAUUGAGGACGAGCUUGGCUCCUACCAACGGACUGAAGCGAAAAUCAGAUCAUGGUGUAGAUGAAGAAGAGGAAGAGGAAAAAGUUGAAGAAGAGAGAAGACCAGAGAAAACAGCUAAAUACAAUGCUGAUUUACCUGCUCCCAACUAUACCGAUGCUUUACCCGCUCGUACACCUGGUCCGACGGGACGACCCAUCGCGCCCAGUAAAACACCAUCUUUUGGUUCAAUUGGUCCAGUCUCGCAACCGAACUCACUUGGUCGAUCGGUCAUCCAAACGGACAAUACUCGGUCCGAUAUUCACAAAGUUACCAGAGCCCUCGAUGAACUUCGAGAAAAGACGGCUGCGAAGGAAAUGGCCAAGCAGAGGGCUGUAUUGGCAGCUUCCCAAGGGACUGGAACGGGUCGUGUACAACAAGCUAAGAGUACUGGUACUGGAUUCCUGAGAGGUUUAGGUAGCAUUGGUGCUGGAUUAUUAGGUCUUGGAGGCUCUGAUCCCGAAGAGGAAGCACAAAGAUUAGCUAGAGAGUUGGAAGAAGAGCGAUUGGCCGAAAUGGAGUUCAAGAGAUUAAUGAGUGAAGCUACCAAACCGGAUUCACCUGAACCGGAGAAGGAAGAGGAAAAAGGUAUGGAGAUUGACGAACAGCCGGAAUCCAGAGCUCAAUUCGUCAGAUCCACUACGCCAGAGAUUACUUCGCCUCGACGAAAACCUCAAGCACCCAAGUCACCAGAAGAGGAGGAAGAGGAAAUGAUUGAAGAGCAGUCAGUCAUCGAAGAGCUCAUCCUCGUUGACCCGAGAACAUCCAUGGCUACUACUCAACGACAACCAUCUGUGCCUGUCGAGGAGGAACCCCAAUCGACCACUCCGACUGGUACACCUACUCGACCCGCAUCUCGAUAUCAAGCUCGAGCUUUGCAUGAUAGAGAAGAAAAACAUGCUCGUGAGCCCUCUGUAGCAUUACAGAAGGAACAACAAAGGAAUGCGUCUAUCAAGAAACACGAAACGAAAGCUGUCAAGGAGAAGAUAGACGCUCGAAAAGCCAGGGAACCAAGUGAACACGAAGACGAGGAGAUGGAAGAGGAGGGUGAACUCGAUGAUCUGAGCGGGGAAGAAGAAGUCAUCGAGGUUCAGAAACCUCAUCGUGCUCCUGUUGUUGAAAUCAAGACUCACCGAAAAAUGCCAUCUUCAUCGAGCGCCGCUCCUACUCCGCUCAAUAUGUCUACAUCCUCGAUCGUAACCUCCGGAAGCAUGCUUACUCAAGGUCAAAAUAUGGCUGCCAAAGCUUUAGGAGUCAAACCUGCUACGGGACCCGUCAAGAGUCUCCAACUCGCUGCUGCUGCUGCUAAGAAAGAACAAGCUGCCGCUGAACGUAAAGCGACUCUCAAAGAAGCUGAAGCUCGUCGACAACAAGCUGCCAAGAAGAAAGCUGAAGAAGACAGAAUCAGAGCAGAUGAAGAAAGAAAAGCUAAGAUUGCGGAAAUUGAGGAAAAGAGACGUCAAAGAGCUGAACUUGAGAAGAGACAGAAAGAAAGAGCCGAGAAGGCUGCUUUAGCAGCUAAGGAGAAAGCAGAGAAGGAGAAGGCUGAUAGGGACGUACAAGCCGCUAAGUUACGUGCUGCGGAAGAAGAAGCUGCCCGAAAGCGAAAGUUAGCUGCUCAAACUGCUGCUCUACACAAAUCCCAGAACAAAGCUGCUUCCGGAUCAUCCUCUUUACAACAAUCGCAAAAGGGCAAGGAGCCUUUCCGACCUACCAAACAAGCUACUCUGGGAUCAUCAGCUUCGACUAUGGCUCUCAACGGUAAGAUGGGUCCAUCGGCAUUCCGAACUGCUGAGACCGCAACUCAAUCAUCAACCAUCACUCUAGUCACUCAGAAUCAGCCAACUGGGAAUGGAGAAAGAAAACCUUUAGGACCACCUUCUCGACCAUCUCAACAUCAACCUGCUCAGCCCAUGAGAACAUCCACGGCUGUACCAUCUCAUGCGAAUAGUAUACUGCAACAGAGCAGAGUAGCUCUUCAAACUCAAUUGGAUGAGAAGGCAGCUAUGAUCCAGAGUGAAGAUAUCGUUUUACCUGAUAUUGCAUCUGAGUACUCUGAUUCGGACGAUGAAGAUCGAACUAAAGAUUUCAUUCCUCCUACAUGGGCCGAAUCACCCCAAUUACGUGCCGCUCUCGAAGCUCAGGCUCAUCGUAACCCUGAUGAACUGUUUGGUCCGAUCAAACCUCUGAACAUGGAAGAACUGUUCAGAGUAAAGACUAAUAAGUUCAGAGCUAGGACUUCUUCUGCUAAUUGGAGUAAGACGGGAGAUGGAUUGACGAAAGCUGAGGAGAUUGAAUAUGCCAGAAGGAUGGGUUUUACGGCUAUGCCCUCCAAUUUGGGUGGUGGUAGUGGGAGUGGACAAUAA